CGUAACCUCUGCACUCACUUUUUACAGCAGAUUUUGCUGAUUAUGGCUGAAUAAAAUUACUUCAGUUGAUAGCUGCUUUCCCUUGUUACAUCUAAGAGAGUAUUUUUAAAAAUAUUAACCAGUCUUGAAAAAGUUUGCCUUUCUAUUGAUUUGGGACAAUGGAAGCAGCGUUUACAGAAAAUAAGUUCACAUUAUAAAUGACGUAGAAUCUCAACGAUACAGAAGGUACAAGAAGGCAAGAAGCAAGUACUGAUCCAGAGCAAGACCGCCAGUAGUGACCAUGCGUGAUGCUGCUUUCCACCUGCCAUUUUUCUAUGGCAGCAUUUCCAGGACAGAGGCUGAUGAGUUCCUGCGGCUGGGAGGGAUGACUGAUGGGCUCUUUCUGUUACGCGUGUGCCUGCGCAGCCUUGGUGGUUACGUUUUAUCAGUCGUCUUUGAUCAAAAGGCCUAUCAUUACACAAUUGAACGGCAAUUGAAUGGGACUUAUGCCAUUGCUGGUGGCAAGUCUCACUGCGGUCCUGAAGAGCUGUGUGAAUAUUACUCAAAGGACGCCGACGGACUGUGCUCUGUACUCCGUAAGCCUUGCCUUCGACCCCCUGGUGUUGAUCCCAAGCCUGGCGUAUUCGACAGCAUCAGAGAAAAUAUGUUACGCGAGUAUGCGCGCCAGACAUGGAACCUGGAAGGCGAAGCAUUGGAACAAGCAAUCAUCAGCCAGGCUCCGCAGCUGCAGAAACUGAUUGCUACUACGGCGCACGAGAAGAUGGGCUGGUAUCACGGUGUGAUCAACCGCGAGGAGGCAGAGCGACAGCUCUACUCUGGUGCGCAGCCAGAUGGGAAAUUUCUACUGAGGCAACGCCAAGAAUCCGGAACAUAUGCUCUCUCUGUGCUAUAUGGGAAGACAGCCUACCAUUACAGGAUAGACUUGGACAAAUCCGGAAAGUUCUCCAUCCCCGACGGAUCAAAGUUCGAUACUCUUUGGCAGCUGGUUGAGUAUCUGAAGAUUAAGUCAGAUGGAGUGAUACAUGUGCUGCGUGAGGCCUGCAAUAAUGCCAACCAAGCUGCAGAGCCAGUGAACCCACCAACACUUCCUAAGAAUAGACCAGGUGCUGCCAGCCUUACUUGCAAUAUGGAUGGAUAUUCACCAGACCCCAUUGAGGGACGCCGGAUACUUCCUAUGGAUACAGAAUCAUACGUCAGCCCGUACAGUGACCCAGAGGAGCUAAAAGACAAGAAGCUAUACCUCAACCGAGAUUGCCUGCUGAUUGAUGAAGUGGAACUGGGAUCUGGCAAUUUUGGCUGUGUGAAGAAAGGGGUGUACAAAAUGAGGAAGAAGCAGAUUGACGUAGCCAUCAAAGUGCUGAAAAAUGAUAACGAAAAGUCACUGAAGGAGGAACUGAUGAAGGAAGCUGAAUUCAUGCAGAAACUGGACAAUCCCUACAUUGUGCGAAUGAUUGGUGUCUGUCAAGCAGAGCAUCUGAUGCUUGUGAUGGAGAUGGCAGCAGGAGGUCCACUGAACAAGUUUCUGUCUGGCAAAAAAGAUCAAAUUUCCAUCACAGUUGUGGUGGAACUACUUCACCAGGUUUCUAUGGGAAUGAAGUACCUGGAGGAAAAUAAUUUUGUGCACAGGGAUCUUGCUGCCAGAAAUGUUCUCUUGGUCAAUCAACAUUAUGCCAAGAUCAGUGAUUUUGGAUUGUCCAAAGCAAUCGGUGCGGAUGACAGUUACUACAAGGCUCGCACUGCUGGCAAGUGGCCAGUGAAGUGGUAUGCACCUGAAUGUAUAAAUUUCCGGAAAUUUUCAAGCAAGGCUGAUGUCUGGAGCUUUGGUGUGACAAUGUGGGAAGCGUUGACCUAUGGACAAAAGCCAUACAAGAAAAUGAAAGGACCAGAGGUCGUUACUUUCAUUGAACAAGGAGGCCGACUAGAUCGUCCUUCUGACUGUCCUGAUGAAAUGCAUGAACUUAUGCAAGCGUGCUGGACAUACAAGGUGAAUGAUCGUCCUGGAUUUGUGGAAGUGGAGAGCAAAAUGCGAGACUACCAUUAUAAAAUUACACAGAAACCAACAUCAGUUUGACAUGCACCUGUGAUAACCUUAUAGCAGACAAGUUUGAUUUGAUUUGCAACUGUUCUGCUGUGUCACUCUGUACCAGUUCUUGUAGUCAGUAGCUAUGAAAGAAGAGCUUACAGCAACAACAUGGCUGCAGUUUGAGCAUGCCUUUUGUCAAUUUCAUAUUCUAAACAUUCACAUUUUCAAAUAUAAUUUAACUUGACCUUCUUUAUUAACCCGAAAUGAGUCUCUGUGGCUGUACCCUGACAAGAGUGUUAGUCAGAACUAAUCGGCAUCCCAUUGCAGUUAAGUGAACACGUGGAAGCUGAGCUGACAGGAGUGUUAGUCAAAUCACAGAGUAGUAUAGCAUUUGUCUGAUGCUAGUUCAGCUCGAUGCAUCAGAGUCCAUAGUUCAAUUCCAACACCGUGUGCAUCCCUCCCCCGUGAACGCAGGGGUUUCCUCCGACAGUCCAAAGAUGUGCUUGUUAGUAGGUUAAUUGGUCAUUGUAAAUUAUUCUGUGAUUAGGCUAAUGUAAAAUUGGUGGGUUGCUGAUCAGCCCGCCUCAUUGGGCUGGAAGGACGUGUUGCAUGCUGUAUCCCUAAAUAAAUAAUAAAUAAAAAAACUAACCUCGGCAUCCCAUUGCAAUUAACUGAACGUAUGGUGCCAGUAAAUUUAUUUUGCAUUGUUAUAUUAAGGCAAACAAGGAAUGAUACUGUCACGUUUCACAUAUUUAAUGUACAAGAUCAAAUUUAUAACUGGCCUUUUUACAAAAUUGUGUGCUUGCUUUAUAAAUGAAAUAUUACUGGUAUCAAGAAUAAUCUUAGCCCUGA